CAGUCGUAACUCUGUCCCCGCAUUGCUCCAUCAAACAGAUCAACCAACUCCUUCUUUCUUCAUCCCCACUCUCUUUUUCAUCCCUCUGCCACUCCCCUUCUCUUUCUCUCCUUUCACUCUCUCUUUCUCUUCACUCAAAUCAUCACCAUGUUCGCCCUUCGUCGCACUGCUCUCCCUGCUCUGUCCUUGGCUCGCGGCUACGCCACCAGCGGAAACGUCUCCGCCCUCUUGUUCGUCGAGCACAAGGACAACAAGGUCGCCGCCUCGACCUUGAACGCCCUCACCGCCGCCUCCAAACUCGGCGGUUCCAUCACCGCUCUCGUCGCCGGCAACGCCCCCGACGCCGUCGUCAGCGAGGUCGCUAAGCUCUCUGGUGUCUCCAAGGUCUUGGUCGCCAAGGAUGCGGCAUUUGAACACACCCUUCCUGAAUCCCAGGCUUCCUUGUUGGUCGAGGCCCAGAAGAAGCAUGGAUUCACGCAUUUGAUUGCUUCGCAUUCGGCGUUUGGAAAGAAUGUUAUGCCCCGCGCGGCGGCCAUUCUGGACGUGGCGCAGAUCUCAGACAUCACCGGAAUUGAGAGUGCGGAUACCUUCGUUCGCCCCAUCUAUGCUGGUAACGCGAUUGCAACGGUCAAGUCGAACGACUCCAUCAAGGUGAUCACCGUCCGCGGUACUGCUUUUCCCGCAGCAGGUCACCAGGACUCAGCCGCACCUCAGGAGGACGCCGGUGUGUCUGCAGACAAGGAUUUGAGCGAGUAUGUGAGCGAGCAUAUGCAAAAAUCCGACCGCCCUGAGCUCGAUAGCGCUAGCCGUGUCAUUGCAGGAGGCCGUGGCAUGAAGAACGGCGAGAACUUUGGCUUGCUCUAUGAGAUGGCUGACAAGAUUGGCGCCGCUGUUGGUGCUUCCCGUGCGGCUGUCGAUGCUGGAUACGUUGACAACUCCCUUCAGAUCGGUCAGACCGGAAAGAUCGUCGCUCCUGAGCUGUACGUUGCUGUCGGUAUUUCGGGCGCAAUCCAGCACUUGGCUGGUAUGAAGGACUCGAAGACAAUUGUUGCGAUCAACAAGGAUCCUGAGGCGCCUAUCUUCCAGGUCGCUGAUUACGGUCUUGUCGCCGAUCUCUUCACAGCCGUUCCCGAGUUGACCAAGAAGUUGUAAAUAGGGAUUUUGACUCGAUUCCAUUUUCUUGGAUUUGGAUUGUCCGCAGCAGAGGAAGAAAAAGGAAAAAGAAAAAAAGAUCAUAGCCAUCAUGCUGAACGGAGGGCUAUUAAAAUAAAAUGAACACUCGAUAGAUUUUAAAGUGGGC